UCCGUUGUAACAGGACACGUGUAGCGGCUGGUCUCAGGUGCCGUUACCCGGUGUGUCCCGGUUAGGCUGUCCACACGUGCUGGUCACUGUGUGCUGCCUGUUGUUGUUGUUGUUCCGCUGUCUGCUCCCUGCUUCUCUCUGCCAGCCUUUCCCUCCGCCCCUUUUGUAAUCCUCUCCCUCCCUUUGUGUCUCGGUGGGCUCUGCUCACUGUACCACUUUCCGUACUGGCAGUGCAUGGCCCCCCAGCUCGGCGGGUGACCGGAUCGAGCGCAGACGACAGGUGUGAAGAUACGGCGUGUUGUGGAAGCCCCUCUCGCCACUCCACCUUCCCGACGUCACAAAUGCGACCAUGGGAGCUGGCAGUGAAUAGGUGGCCUCCCUCAGCCCCCAUUAACCAGCGGAGGUUCUUGGGGCCCUGCAGCACCCCUGCACAACUCAGACGAAGUCCUCCAGUAAGGCACCAGUGGGGACGCAGGGACAGACCUCAGAGUGUCUUUGGACAGGAUGAUGGUUUUGUGCGGCCAGCCUUCUUUCCUGUAGAUGAUCGUAGAGUCUUUGCCCUCAACAGUGCUCCACCACGAAUGCUUCAUCCCGCUACACACUCCACCCAACAAACACCAUUCAUGGUUGACCUCCACGAACAGGUGCACCAGGGACCUGUCCCUCUAUCCUAUACUGUUACAACAGUAACCACCCAAGGCUUCCCAUUGCACACCGGGCAGCACAUCCCAGGGUGUAGUACCCAGCAACUGCCAGCAUGUUCAGUCAUGUUCAGUGGGCAGCACUACCCUCUCUGCUGCCUGCCUCCUCCGUUGAUUCCGGGGUGCACCAUGCAGCAGCUUCCUGUUACGUACCAGCCAUUUCCCCCUCUACUCUCGGGGGAGCAUUACAUCUUACACCCGCACCCACCAAUGGCUCCGCAGCAGCCACCUCCUCUGGCUUCUCUAGCGCCAUUUGUUACCGUGCAGCCGCAGAGAAUGCCACUGCAGAGGAUAGACAAUGAGUUAGAUCUUCGAGGGGACCAACAUCACAUGGGCAACUUCCCAUUCCACCACUCCCACCCUGUGCCUGCACUGUCCCACUCAAUGCCCAUGCAUUACCUCUCCCAUGAUGCACUGCACCAGGAGCUUUCCUUUCCAGUGCCAUAUGCCCAUCUGAUGCCACGGCGACUGAAUGCCCAGCGAUAUCGUCUUCAGCAGCCACUGCCACCUCCCCCGCUGCCUCCUUCAUAUUACCCAAGUUUUCUGCCCUACUUCCUUUCUAUGCUUCCUGUGUCUCCCACCUCUGUUGGCCCAGCCAUAAGCCUAGAUUUGGAUGUGGAUGAUGUGGAAAUGGAAAACUACGAGGCAUUGCUGAAUUUAGCAGAGCGACUGGGAGAAGCAAAACCACGGGGACUCACUAAAGCCCACAUUGAGCAGCUUCCUUCUUAUCGCUUCAACCCAGAGAGCCACCAAUCUGAGCAGACACUCUGCGUGGUAUGCUUCAGUGACUUUGAGAGCCGACAACUCCUUAGAGUUUUACCCUGUAAUCAUGAGUUCCAUGCAAAGUGUGUUGAUAAGUGGCUUAAGUCAAACCGCACAUGUCCCAUAUGCCGGGCUGAUGCCUCUGAAGCUCACAGAGAUGGCGAGUGAAGAUUGAGCGUUUUCCCCUCGCCUCCUGCCGGUGCACAAACCCAGAGGGAUAAACACAAAAUAAACCAGCCUCCUUGUCUGACUCGGAUGCUUCAGCUUUCCUCUCCAUCUGCACCUGUCCUUCCGGCGAGGACACAGCAGUAUUGGAACUGGAGGUGGUGUCGAGUCACAUUCAAUGUUCUCCAUAUUAAUACCUCUGCACCUCUGUACUUCCCACCAUGCCCACAGGUUGUCACACUAGUGGGCUUAGGAAGUGAUUUCAGCUGUGUUGGAGAUGUAAAUGGAUGGGAUUCUUUCGCCCCCUUCCUUUAUAUUUUUUUCGAGGGUAGCUGAGGCUUACAAGAAAAAGACUGGGUCAUUAUGGCCAGUGCUAGCCCCAAAGGGUUUUGAGGCAUUACCAGGGACACCCUGUUUUUAAAACUUCUGCUGCCAAGCCCUUUUAGUUGAGGGAAAUUUCACCGCUGCUUUAUUUUCUUAAAUGUUUGCACUGGAGCCCUAAUUGGGGACAUUUUUUAAUUUCUUUUAAUUUUAAUGUCUCUUAGGUCAUUUCCUAAACCUUGAAUCCCUUCCCUAAUUACUUUUUUUUUUUUUUAAUCUUGGCAUUAGAUUGCCCUGUCUUUUAAUUAUGUAGCCAACCUUCAGCAUAGACAUGUUUGUGUCUUUUUUUUUAUUUUUUUUUGUGAUUUCCCAAUCCAUUCCAGCUUUUGUGGAAAUGCAGGAGAAGCCUUUGGAUCUAUAUACAUCAAUUCUUUUGGGAGAGCCGCAAUUGGUGGUUUUAAUAUUUCGGUGUUUGAAUUCAGAUAUGAAUUCACUUUAGUUUGGGUUAUCAAUUUAGGAGAGGAAAUCAAAUGAAAUACAGGUGCUCUUUACAUGAGGUACAGUAUCCUCCAGCGAUCUCUACCAGGUGGCAAAUGUGAGUGGAAGCCACUGUAUCCUUCCCAUUUCCAUCAGUUAAUUCAUUCCUCUCUGUGCCCAUACUCUAAACUGAGACUGGUUUAGACAAACGCAUUGCUAGGAGCAACCCAUUAAGUAAACAAUGGUGCUUUAAAUUCUCCUUUUUACAAAGUGAUGUAUGAAAAUGUAGUUGCAGUUAUGCCUUGCAAAUUAUCCCUAGUUUCACACUUUUAAUGAACAAACUGUCAAGUUAAUUGUUUUAAGACCCAAAGAUGGGUCAUUGUCUCCUAACAUGCUUUGUGCUCAUUAGUUGUGUAUAAUCCCUGUAUCAAGAGCCCUGGUAAUGCCUCUGCAAUAUAUUUUGUUAGGCAGCAGGUUCUCACACUUGCAGGUUGGUGUGAGCACAGGGUACUGUAGCACACCAAGUUAUGUACUGUGAGCGUGAUGCACUUGGUAUCCGCAUUAUCCCAUAAUGGUCCCUGUGUGUACUACACACAGGAACUUGGGUGAGCGGCUGCCUUAUUUAUCAACUUGUUUAGUUUGAAUUUGCAUGAUAGGACAGCAAUGAAAACCACACGAGCCAAUCAACCAUUUCCGGUCUGUGUGCGCAUUUAACGGUCAGGCAGAAAGACUACGUCUUUAUGUUUCACAAUAUGCAUGUCUGAGCAGCUUGGAAUAUGGUAUCUGCUAACCUUUGGCCGUCUGUGGAGUGACGUGAGGGGGGAGGGUGGGAAUGGGAUAAGCAUUAUAUAGGGGUAUGUAUCAUGCUGAGCUGAUUCCUGCUGUGCACUUGUUUGCCAAGCAGAAGGCACCUGAACUGUUUGUAGGGAUAUAUGAAUGUCUUGUUGCCUGUUAAGGUCACACUCGGGCAGGGAUUGUUUGCAUUGGGUUUAAGUUUUCAAAUGUUAUUUACAGUGAGGCCCACAACACCCAAGGAUAAUAACAAUGUAAAAUGCCUCUACAUAUGACUGCUCCUGCUUUAACGAUUUGUUUAUCUAAUCACUUAUUUUUUUACACCUACCAAUGCCUAGGUCUCCUUUAAAAUAAAGAUUGGUAGUGUGCAGGUAUCGCAUGGUCUAAUCUUCCCGGUCAAUGGAGCACUUGUAGUUAAAGGGACCCAACAUUAACUUUAUCAUUCAGUUUAAAUGUAAAAUGGUUUUGGAGCAAUGCAUGUCAGAUUUCAUAAAGGUAACUCUUGACAAGUUCAUAUAGUUUAUGUUGGCAAACUGAAUGUUACUACUCGAUGUGGUUCUUAGAAAAAUAAGAUAGAUCUCUCUUUCAUUCCCAGUUUAGGAUCCCAUUCACUUUUUUCUUUUUCCUCACUAAAAAAAUAAAAUACUCUGCUCUCAAAUAUUUAAAAGUUGAGUGCCAUGGCAUUUUAUAAACAGAAACUAUAGGGGGUAAAGAGGUUGCCUGAUUGAUUUGGCAAGGUUUCCUAGAUACCAGGGAAACUUUAACUGACCUUUCAAAUUAUCAAAUCUGACAAAUCUAUUGCUCCAAGAUUAUUUGACCACCUGGUUACUCUACUAAAUAUAUGGUAGUGUCCAUUUUAAGUUAUAGGACUUGGUGUGACAAUUUUCUGCUUGCUAAUCCUCAGAUAGGGGCAGUGGACUAGUGUUGGAUUCAGUCAGAUGUAAGACAUCAACGUAACAAAAAGUCUUUGUGUAGAUGCAAUAGUUCCCCUUUUAAUAGAUGGUAAAGAGGCUAGCCGAUGUCUAGGUCUCACUCCACUGACUUCGCUGUUCUCACUGGAGAGUGUAGGGCAUGUUGGUCAUCCAAUGUCUGUUGCGUUAUAAUGCACUGGAAGCACAGCUAUAUUUUAUAUGAAGUCAGAAGUGUUGAAGUGUCCAUUCAAGCAUGGAAAGAUAUCCCUCUUUCACAAUGUUGUGGCUUUUUUUUUUUUGUGUGUAGGUUUCCCCUGUAAUCUGAUUUAGGGUGGAUAGUCUCCAAUGGAACACAUUCAAUGCUGUUUACCUUGAGCAUUCUUUCAUUUAUUCAUCACCCCAAUAUUGCUUUUCUGUAACACAGCAGUUAGUCAGGGCACAGGGUUUUAAGCCAUACUCAAACAGCAAAAACUGUAGAGAAUUUUUAAAUGUUCCACAUGCUGGAGCGCGAUUGUAUCUUUGCCAUCAUCCCCAUUCCCUCAAACUAAUAAAAUGGUCACUGCUCCCUGAACAAAAUUUUAUUUUUUAAAACAGCUGUCACAAAAGGAGAUUGAUGUAGGCAGCACUGUCUGCAGCAGAAACGGAAUACAGCACACAAAUUACCAAAGGUCUUACUGUGUAAAUAGUUCAAUAUCAAUACAAUUUAUCACCAAACUCCGACUAGACAAAGGCGGCCACCUGCUGCCAGUCAGUUAAAUCACUUAGCUGCUGCAGAUGUUGACAAACCUUUUUACUACACAAAAUAAGGCUGCCUCCAACAGACAAGGGGUUAUAAAUUCAUCCCUGCUCCACUUGCUAGAGUACAUCUUGUUCUUCCACUAAUCGUGAUAGGAACCCUGCAAUCAUAGCUUGAGGGCUGCUGUAUGCUUAACGGAAGCACUUAAUCACCUCAUCAAUUGAAGUACAACUCAUUGAUUUAGGAUGUCUGCUGCAUACUUAUUUUCUGCUCUAUACCCCUAUGGUGGGAUACAAUGAACUGUUUACUGUAUCAUUCUAACCUCCCGGACCCCAUACUCGCACUGGGCUGACUUUUCAAUUAUUCCCUCCCACUAACAUUCCUGCCCCCAGAGUUGUGGCUUCCCUUACUCAGGGUCCCGGAGGUGUCUUCUGUGUUAGAACUUGUAUAUCUAUAUGUGUAUGCAUAUAUAGAUAUAUCUCUAUAUAUAAACUUUUUAUUUUUGGCUUUUGGUACUUGCACAUUUACUGGUUACCUCAUUUCCCAUGUAUGUAUUUGAAGAAAAAUGCUAAUAUAUAGAAAAUGGUUCUUGAAGCUAUCAAGUGUGUUUUUGGUUUUUAUUUUUUUCAUUCCAUUGGAAUAAUAUUGGUUUGUAGCAUUUAACAUAACUAGUAAUAUUGUAUUAUAUAUGUGUAUACUGAUUGAAAUUUUUAACAGAUUUGUACUUUUUUUAAAAUGAAAGUUGCUAGUUUUGCUUGACCUGGUAGUGCAAUCAUUUAUUUUUUUUUUAAUGUUGUGGCUGAAUUGAGAGGGUUCUUCACUAAUAAAUGUACAAGGACAAUAUCUACUCCA